AUGAUUACCUUGCAGGGAGAGCAGCCAGGAUCGGAGGAGGCGGCCUUGAUCGCCCAGUUUCGCCGCCUCUUUGCGCCCAUUUUGGAUGAUAGUUUGAACCUUUACUACCAACUCAACGAUUUGGAUGACGCGGAGCACGUGCGGAUCCAUCAAACGGUGGCCCAGUUAAAUGAGCUGACCAGCAGCGAAGAGGAGACGAUGAUCACCCUGGUGAACAGCCCAUCGCCACCGGUGGAGGUGGAGCUGAUGCUGCCAUUUUCCAGCGAAAGCUCCACGGCCAGUAGUUCCCUCUACGCGAUCCACACGCCUUCUCCAGCUCAUCCCAGUGGUCUGCUCCUGACGCCCCAGAAUUUGGAGUCACCAAUGCAGUCCUGCAGUGAUGCCCUUACGAUCACCGAGCGGGUGCAACUGCACAGUCCUCCGAAUCAGCUGCAGAUCCUCGAGGAUGAUAACAACACUUCCUGUUCGCUGUCAUCGAAUCUGACGGAUAGCAAAACCCUGGAUGGCCGUACACCCAUUGUAGUCUGACGGAUUCUCACCCCCGGUCUGCUUAACUUGUGAUUUUCUUUACACAGUGUUAGAGCAACAACAAAAAGUUAGCCAAGUUAGAACAGUAAACGGCUUAACGUUAAAUAUAGUCUUAAAUAAUGUUUGUGUGUAUGUGUCUGUCAAAGUCGUUAAAAUAAUUAAAGCGUUUAUGCGGAGGAAAGAGCAUCGAAUUCCCGAAACAAGUAGUUUUAAAAUCAUUUUUGUUAUUUAUGAAUAACAGAACGUUUAGGAAAUAUCCCACCAACAAAUAAUAAUAUUCAUUUCUUGAUUUUUUUACAGAACCAUGAAAAGAAAGUCGUUUUUAAGUAUUAAAUUACUUCUCAAAAGUGAGAAAGCUUAAGAACUAUAUAUACUUUUUUGUUCUCGUCUUUGUUCAAAAAUAUUCUGCAGGGUAUCAUUUUUAAACAUUUUUUUAAAGCUUCCCAUCAUCUUCAACUUUUCUACCGCAUAAACGCAAACUUCAUGUGUGCUUUAUUUUCGGCUCCUUAACCAUACACCCAUUUAUAAUACCAUCAUCCAUGAUCUCCAUCUUUAUAAACCGGAAAACGGGAUCAUAAUUGAGCAAAUUUUUAUCACUUCGUUCGGAUGGAAAGACAAAGUUGUAUAGAAGAGUUGUAGACGGCCAGACGGUCCGAUGAGUCUCAUAGAGUCCAUCGGAACCCUUAGGGACUGCCUUUAACACAUCUUAUUUAUCUCUCAUGCACCUAAAUAAAUUGUAUUUUUCCUUCUCUUUGCACUCAUUCAUAGAACAACUAUUAUUUGCAUCGUAGGUUGUCAUCGUCACAUAAUCUUUAUAAAUUAACAUCUAAGCAUAGCAAAGAGUCGAUUUUAGUGUACAAGAAGAUAUUUAUAAUGAUAUAACAAACAUAAAAAAGAACAUUUUAGCGUACUACUUUAAGCUGAGAAAGUGUUAACAGCCGCGCAAUUUUUCUUGAUACAGUUGGGCAAACCGUAUAAUGAAAAGUAUUCCAAUCCACAAAACAAAAAAACAAAUUAUAACUGAAUGCGGAAUAAAUAAAACAUUGAAAGUAAGUUAAUGUUAAAUUAAAGUAUUGUAGAGGAAACAAUAUGGAAAAAUCAAAAAUAAAUGUUAUAAAAGUUAAGACCAUUUUUAAUUGUUUUAUUAUAUUGUUUUAAAAUAUAAGCGACUUAAAAAAUGAA